CCAUCGCCCGCAUCCCUUUUUCUCUUUCACCCUUUCUUAUUAAUUUCUUCUUCUCCAUCUCCCUCUUUUCUCCUCCUUCAACUCCUUGUGUGUGAGAUUCAGCACAACCUCUCAGCCUCGUCAAAGUUUCGUCAAAAAGGAAAGUUUAAAGGAACAAAAGGGAAGGGGAAAAAAGAAGAAGAAGAAGAAGAAGAAGAGAAAUCCAAGAUAACCAUGGUUUUCCCAUCAGUUCCUCUCUAUCUUGAUCCACCAAACUGGAACCAGCAGCAAGCUCAUCAGCCAGGAAGCAGCGGUGAGAUUGGUCAGCUUCCCCCUGCAGGAAUGGCGGCGCAACGGACGGAGGUGGGAAUGGCCGCCGGUUCGAUCCGGCCGGGAUCGAUGGCGGACCGGGCCCGGCUGGCGAAGAUCCCGCAGCCAGAUCCGGGGCUCAAGUGUCCCCGGUGCGAAUCCGCCAACACCAAGUUCUGCUACUUCAACAACUACUCGCUCUCGCAGCCCCGCCACUUCUGCAAGACCUGCCGCCGCUACUGGACCCGCGGCGGCGCCCUCCGCAACGUCCCUGUGGGAGGCGGAUGCCGCCGAAACAAGCGCAGUAAGCCCUCCGGAGCCAGUUCCUCCAAGUCCUCCGCCACCACGCAGACCUCCGCCGCCUCCUCGUCCUCCGGUGCAAUCACGUCGCCCCAUGCGGUCUUCCCCUCGCAAUUGUCCUUCAUGGCAGCCUCUUUGCACCCGCUGCCGCCGGACUUCAACUUCGGAGCCAGCUUCUCCGGCCUCGAUGCGGCUGAUUACCAGCUCGGAGGUAGCGGCGCCGGCGGUGUUGUGGGGCUUCAGCAAAUGCAGCAAUUCCCUUUACUUGGAGGUGGAGCGCUAGAGCAGCUCCCUCCGCCACAGCCACUGCCACUGCCACUUCAGUCCAUUUCCGGGCAAUACCCUUAUGGCGGCGGCGAAGGCAGUGGAUUUGCCGGGGGAUUAUUCACAGGGCAAGCUCCAAUGUUGAAGCAGUCGGCUCUCAUCUCUCAGCUUGCUUCCGUAAAGAUGGAAGACAACCAACAACUGCUUAACUUUCCGAGAAACUACCUUGGCGUUUCACGCAACGACCAAUUCUGGAACGGCAGCGAUGGCGGAAGCAGUGGCGGCGCCGCCUGUGGUUGGGAUAUCUCCGGAUUCAACUCGUCAUCGGGGUAACAUAUCUUGUAAUCGUAUGCAUGGUGGCCUUUACACAAGUUUUAACACGGAAGCUUAGGGUUUUUUUGGCUUCCAUGAUCGGCAUACAAGGCAUGAGGAGAGGAGAAGCUAAUUAAAGUAGUACUAUAACUCUGAUAUGAUGGACGGCAUCAGAACAUUAAACAACUUGAAAGUUUUAAUUAACUUGUUGUGCUAGACGUAGGGUUCUUGGUUUAGAGUGAAUUGGUGUCGAUUUCUUUUCUUUCUAGUUUCUUAGCAUACUGUAUCAGUGUAACUUAAUUACACUUUGGUUAUACUUAUGAUCAGAUCCGAUCGGUCGUUUGUGAUGGAGAACAUGUAUCUGAAUUCAACAUGUAGAAUAUUUUGCUGCUAAAAUGGGCAAUGUACUACAUCUCAUCUUCGAGUUUGAUUUA